CACCUUCCACAAUUCAGAGCAUCUUUCUUCUUCAUUGUUUACUCGGCCACCCCCUUCAGCCCACCUGCUGUCAAAAUCCCGUGUAAGAGACUGAAGGUUUACAUCCGUGAAAGAGCACCACAGUCCGUCGAAUUAGCGUUUCUUCUCCAACUAAAGUUGAGUUCUCCGAUUAAAGUUGAGUUAUGUAUUAGGCAUUUCUCGCCCAAUUAACGCCCGGUCUUCCACAUCGAUUUGUCACUUCUCUAUCAGAUUUCGUUCCACUUCAUGGUAAAAGGCUAGGUAUGGAAAUCUUUCUUUCGUCGAUCUUCAGUCACAAGUUGGUUUUCCCAAUUAGGUUUGUUAUUCUUGGCAUUUUGACAGUCUCACCGCUCACGUGCAACUGAAGAACUCCAAAUGUGCCACUGAGAAUUAGAGCCCUUUCCAGUUUGACAUAGUCUCACCACUCACGUGCAACUGAAGUACUCCAAAUGUGCCCCUGAGAAUUAGAGGGGAGAGGUCGUAAGCUUGCAGUAAAGAAUCUAGAUAAACCUGCAAAGUGAUCCCACCCGCUUCAACAUUUUCCCCAAAUAUUAUAUUGAAGCUUUAUGUUCAGGUUCAUAUGUUAUAAGAAGAAAAGAAGAAUCUUAUUGAAAAGGCUGAGUUUCAGUAUUUAAUUUUUGUACUAUUUCUUUUUCAGUCUUAAUUCUGUUAAUUUGAUGGUGAACUUGUGUGUACACAAUAGGGAUGCUGAGAAAAAUUUUAAAGAAGCAAAAGCUAGAGCCUAGAGCAAAUGAGUUUGAGAAGUUGGUUAUUGAAUGUACUUUUUCUAUAUCAAGCUGAAGAAAAUACACAGUAGUAUAUUUAUCAUGGAGAGCUCAUCAGAUUGACAAGAUCGUGUUUUCAUAAUGACAUAGAUUUAUUUCUACCUUACAAGAUCUAAAAGUUAAUAACUUUUGCUUUAAGUUUGGUUCUUUCUAUAUUUUGAUCAUUAGUACGUUACCGUUUACAGGCUUACAGCACAAUAGCAUUGAAUUGUUGUUGCACGAGCUACCCUAUUUGGGGGAGAGUGAUGAAUGAAGUUCUUAAACCUUUCUCUAUCAAAUGAAGUGAUAUAGAUUUUGAAUUGGUCCAUAAGAGCUCAUUCAUUAUUUAAUAGGUGUAAAUUUGACGUAACCUGUGUAGGUAAUGGUUGAAUUUGAUAUAAUUGGUAUGAGGUACUUAUCUAUUUAAAAAAACAUUGUUUGUUGAAAUAUAUUGAAUUAGUCAUCUUCCAACUAUUCAUGAUUAGGAAUUAUUAUCACCAUUGUAUAAAUAAUUAGGAAAUCAUAAUUAUGAUUCUAGAUGAUAAUUGUGUGGUUCACAAUUAUCCUCUAAUCCUAAUAAGCUUAGCUUUUCUCCUAUAAAUAGGAGUCUUCUCCAUUGUAAUCAACACACCUUCAUUACACCAUUAUCACACUCUCUAAUACACCUCUAUCACUAAGUGUUCUACUAUACUUUCUCUCCUUGAUCUUCUGUUCAUUUCCUUUCAUAUUAUAACACGAUAUCAGCACGAAUUUGCUCCAAAUCCCUGAAAUCAUCAUCUUCCCGGCAGUUCAUCUAUGGCUAAUAUUAGCAAAAGAGAGUUCGACGUCCUUGAUUUAUCUGGUCAAAAGUAUUUGGAAUGGAAAGUUGACGCUUUGGCACAUUUAAAAGCAAAUGCCCUCGAAAACACAAUUGCUGAAAAUAAUUCAGCUACUCCCCAAAAUAAGGCAAAAGCCAUUAUCUUUCUUCGUCACCAUCUUCACGAAAGUUUGAAGUCUGAGUAUUUAUUGGUAGAUGACCCUAAAGAAUUAUGGGAUAAUCUCCAAGAAAGAUAUGACCAUCAACAAAAGGUCCUUUUACCAAAAGCUCAAUAUGACUGGAUCAAUUUACGAUUCCAGGAUUACAAAUCUAUAAGUGACUACAAUUCUGCCUUGUUCCAAAUAACAUCAAAAUUGAAGUUAUGCGGACAAAAAGUCACUGAUGCCGAAAUGUUGGAAAAAA